AAGAAAGACACUGAAGCAGUAAGGUAUAUUCAAGUUUCCUUACAACACAGCUAUGCCUCUCAAGGAGAAGGAGAAAUCGCUGAUGCAGAAGCUGGUGUCUGAUCAAAAGUAUGUGGACGAAGACUUCCCUCUUCCGGAGGACAAUUGGUUGCGGCCUCACGUGAUACCCGUAGAUCAACCUCUCUAUGGCAAGGAUUACCAAGGAAUUCUGGUUUUUCGUUUCUGGUACUUGGGGAAGUGGACACCAGUCUACAUCGAUGAUCGACUUGCUGUGUCAAAGAAUAAGCAUCUGGUUUAUGGUAAAUGCACGAAGAAAAAUGAAUUUUGGCUGCCACUUUUAGAGAAAGCUUUUGCCAAUGAUCCGAAAUGGACUGGUGUAGAUGAAGAGACAAAAAAGAAACUAGAAUAUGUAAAAGAAGAGGAUGGACAGUUCUUUAUGAGAAUAUCCAAUUUUGUGACCCAUUUCCCUAUGAUUUGGUUUGCUUCUCCAUUUCCCGAUUUUGGAGACAACUACGAAACAACUUCUCUGCAGACGUACCUUAUUUGGAAUUCAUGGGAUGCAGAAAUUACAAUGGAAGGUGAUACUCCAAGGGAAGUUUUUCUGAAGAGUCCCCAGUAUUCUCUUACUGUUGGAGAAAGCGCCCAACCGGAAAAAAAUAGUGAGGACGAAAGUGAUAUCGCUCCGACAUACGAUGUUAUUAUCGAAGUAGUUCAAGAACAAAAUCGAAAAGAGUUUGAAGAAGAACUAUAUCCAAUUGGCAUAGCAGUAUUCAAGGUUAGACGCAUUCCAAAUCUCAGGGAAAUGGAUAUAUUUCCAAACUUGUAA